UAUGUUGUAUCAUGUUUGGUAUUGUUAUGCUGAUUGGUAUGGUCUCCUAUACAUGUUGUUUUAYUACAGGUGCUGUUAAAGUCAUGAGGAUAGACAACAUCCUAACCUUUGCUGUGCUGUGUGUCUUCUAUGAUUGGACUCUGGGUGUGGACUCCAAGAUGGUUCAUCUCCGUCAGCCUGGUCUCAAUUCCCCCAUACCCUUAGACAUGGUCCCUAACUCUGUUGACGACAUGUAUAACGGCUGCACUGAACAAAUGWACAACACAGUGCAGAAKAAAUUWCUUUCAAUAGAAACSAAAACAGUAGGGAUCUUCAAACRAGCCUGGAAGAAGGCAGAAGAAUGUGUAAAAAAUGUGAAGGAACGAUUCAAAAAGSACAAUUCAGAGGUCAAUCUUAAAGACAAACUUAGUGKAGAGCAUAUCCAGGCUAUCUGUGUUUACACAGAAGUUUMMAAUKACAUAUWUAGGGAGYUCAACCAGGCAGUCCGGACCAAUAGGACAGACUACGGGUCCUCCUUCCAGUUCCACUCCCUGCAUUUCCUGCUGAUAGAUGCUCUCCGCCUCCUGAAAGAAAACCAAAAUGGCUGUCACACCACAUAUCGAGGAACCAGCAUGGUGUUUGCAGGUGAAGUUAACCAAAUAAUCCGAUUUGGCUUCUUUGCCUCCAGCUCUCUUGACAAGAAAAUUACUCAAAAAUUUGGAGUUGACUCCUGCUUUGAGAUAAAGACAUGUGCAGGAGCUUAUCUCAAGUCCUACCCAGUGUUGGGAGAAAAGGAGAAGGAGGUGUUGAUUCCACCUUUUGAGAUGUUCAAAAUUACCAAAAAGGAAAAAGGCGAGAAUGUUCUUAAMUGUAAAUCUCUCUUCAAACUGGAGAGUGUAGGGCUCCAGAGCAAUCUGAAUUGUAAAGCUGUAUUGGAAAACACAGCAGUUAAGCUGUCUGUUAGUCAGUGAAGCUCUCUCUCAUUCAGAGAGUGAAAUGAAACAGGCUGCUUGUGCUUGCUUUGUUAGGUUCUAGGUUUAUUACAUUUAGUACAUUCUUUUAUUAUCAUUGUCCCUCACCUUUGUUAGGGUUUCUUCAGGGGGGUUG